AUUAUGUUUAUAAAUAUCAAAAAUUUCUUCAUAACGAAGAGGUAUGACAAAUUAGUUGCCUCACUUGAUGUAAGGAUCAAGAAUCUCUUUGUAGAGAGGUUUGUUUGCAAAUGUGGGGAAAUUAGGCCCAACUAUGUUGCACAGUCUCUAGGUUGCAAUAGGGUCUUACCUUACCUUCUAUAUACUUCAGGUAGUGAUUGCCCAUCUGUUCACACCACAUCCUAACCCGUACUGGAAUCCCAAAGGCUGGUUAGAUAGUGGUCAUGUAGCAACACCAGAAAUUAUGCAGUGAUAAUGAUAAUGGGACUCUAUCCUUGGUAAUGAAAGCAGGCCAAGUGUUAAUAUUUGAUUUAAGAAAAGAUGAUUGUGGAGGCCAUUAAUUGGUCUUAAGGUUGGAUAGGGCUGUUUACAUCAUGUCCCUAUCCAGGAUAUAGAUCAACUAAAAUGAUGCCAUGUAGUCAAGCUUGAGGGAUACUAAAAGAUGACUAAAGGAUAGACCAGGAAAGGAACUGUCUAGGUUGAUCAAGUGACCAUGUGGUGCCACAUAAGAUACACCGAGUGAUAAAGGGAACUGGUCGUACCAAGCCGAAUGGGUACUCAAGGCAUAGAGACCAAGUCUGAAAGAUAAGUUGUGAAGUAUAGGCCGAUCGUGGCAUAGCCUACUUGACUGGCUAAGUGUUGAUCAUGUUCUAUGCUAUUCGCGUGGCUAAGUCAUCGGCAUGAUAUAAGGUGAAAACUCAAUAAUGGAAGUGAGACAAUUAUGAAAGGAUUAAUAUGUGGAAAGUGGAGGCAAAUGGGUAGAAUUGACCGUCGAAACCUUCAAGUGAGAGUGGAUGGGGUGGUCAUAACCAGAAAUGAUAAACAUCAAUGCUAGAGAUAGACAAGCAAUUGAAAAGUAGGAUGUAUAAAUGUUAAGGGGUCCUUUUGUCAAUCAAGAUCAACAUUUUUUAUUUUAUCUUUCAGUUAUCUUCUAUUAUCUUUAUUUCUCUUUUAGUUUGUAGCUAUUAGCAUAGCACUUUAGUUGUUGCAGCCUUCCUUAAGAAGAUAGCAUCUAGUAGCGAAAGCAUGGUUUGCUAUACCGUCCUGUGCUGUCCAGUAUAGACUAUGCUGUACUGUUCCGGCAUAUUAUCUCGUACCAUACCAAUACUCAAUACGCUAUUUCAUACCGUACCAAACUCUAUACUGACAUUAUAAUAGAAUGAUACCAAUAUGAGGUCCGAUAUCGAGAUGGUGAAUAUUGAGCAAAAGUUUUUGAAGGUUAUGGCAGUGGAGCCCAUUAUCAUCUGUCAUUUCUGGUUCGGACACCGGCGGCAUGCUUGCAUAUUGAUCCAGACGGAUUUUCCUUUCCACUCUUGAGAGGAAAAGAGGGAACACAAUCAACAAUCUUGCCGAGUUUGGAGAGCUAUGUAAAGUGACCACUUCUUCAUGGACAUUACCAUAAGGUAGAAGAAUGAUAGCAAAGCUUGUUUCACGAAAACUGGUUGCAAUCUUAUUGGUUGCUAUUUCCUCUAAGGUGGACUUCCUUGCAAGUCACUUUAGGUUGGUCGUUUCCUUUUGUUGCAUCUUUUUCACAUAAAUUAUAUGUCUUGGCUGAACUUCUUCCAAUUUGUUGUCAAACCACCUUUAUGUGCACAUUCUCGCAAUCCAUAAUACAGGAUUGAGUCCUAGUGCUUUCAAAGAUCAUCUCCAUUGCCAAAUGAGUUGGACAUAAUACAGAAUCCAGGCUUCUUGCUCUUGCUUAUAUUAAUUUUCUAGGUUAUGCCAAGACGAUAUUGUUGUCCCAUUGAGUCCCGAGCCGUAAUAUGUAAUUUUUUUCAUUACAUUAAAUUUUCAUUUAAUUAUGCAAUUAACAUUUCUUGAGGUUUCUUUUGUUGGUAAAAUUGUCUUACUUCUCCAACACGUCCGAUCAGUCAUGUAAAUAUCUUAUAGACCUUCUUUAAAUCAACAAUUAUACAGGGAACUGUAGCUGUAUAUUAUAAUGAGUGUCCUACUUCCUCUUUUAUGAUCUGAAAAGUUUUGAGAAACGAUCUAGAAAUGGAUGUCUGCAAUACAUGCAUGUGUGGUUUGUCUCCAAUAAUUGUUGAUGGAACUGUUGUUGGAGAAGAAGCUGUGGAUAUAAAAAGCGGAAGCAAAAUUAUCUCAGGGCCUGAGAGAAGUGGGUACUUGAGAUAUAUUUUUGAAGUAAUACCCUUUCAGCAACGUGACAGUAAAAGUUUACAGAUCUCUAUAGAUGUUGAGCAUGCAAAAUGCAGUAUAUGCUUAAACAUAUGGCAUGAUGUUGUCACUGUUGCUCCUUGCCUCCACAACUUCUGCAAUGGCUGUUUCUCGGAAUGGUUAAGAAGAUCAUCAACCCGGUCACAUGGUAAAAAUCAAAGUGUUGUCUGUCCGCAGUGCAGAGCCAUUGUACAUUCUGUAGGAAGAAACCAUUUUCUGCAUAAUAUCGAAGAGGCCAUACUGCAAACUUUUUCUUCUCUAAAGCGUUCUGAUGAAGAUAUUGCAUUGUUGGAUACAUAUGCUUCUGUUAAGUCAAAUCUUGUCUUGGGGAUGCAGAAAAAUCCAUCAAGGAAGAGACCUUUGACAUUUGCAAGUGAUGAAAGCAAUGACUUGGAGCUCCCAUGCCCCCAAUGUGGUGCUGAACUUGGUGGAUUUAGAUGCAGUCUGGCCACUGCUCACCUGCAAUGUCAAGGAUGUGGAGGAAGGAUGCCAUCUAGACCUGAAUCUGGUGUAAUUCAACAUUGUUUAGGGUGUGAUAGAUCAUUUUGCAGCAUUUACUGGGCCACUCAAGGUGUGGAUGCAGAUGAGUUUAAUGUUAUUUGCCAUCCAGACACAUUCAAACCAAUUUCACAACGUACCAUUUCAAGAAUACCAGAUUCGACACAUCAGAAUAACCGAUAUGAAAGAGAAAUCACAGAAAGGUGCAUACAGCAAACAGGGAAGACGUUGCAGGCUAUGAUCUCUGAUUGGAUCGUAAAAUUUGUCAAUAGAGAAAUUGACCGAACAAAUUUGCAAUUAAAACAUGCAGAGAUGAUCACCACACGGACGUAUCUUUGCAAUGAUUGUUACAACAAAUUCAUUGAUUAUCUCUUGUACUGGUUUCGAGUGUCAAUGCCUCGACAUCUUCUCCCACAUGAUGCAUCUGAAAGGGAAAACUGCUGGUACGGUCAUCUGUGCCGCACACAACACCAUAGUAGCGAGCAUGCUCGGAAGAGGAACCAUGUAUGUCGCCCAACAAGAGGCAACAUCAAUAUAUAGCCUUCUUUCCACUCACAUUAAUUCUCUAAUACAUGUAAGCAGUGUAAAUUAUCAUCUGUUUCUUCCAAGGUUAUAGUGUUUUUUGAUCUACAAUUGCUCAAGGUUAGAAAACCUAAUUAUGUAUCUAUCAGGGAUUAGUUUGCAUGCUUAUCUUCGUCUUGUGCAUGAUAUUUCCAGUUUGAGGAAGAGCUGUGUGCCGUAAAUUUAUGAACUAAUGCACCAUUUCUUCAUCAAUAACAUGAACAGGCUCAGGUCAGUUUUUUUCUGCUUAGGACAAGAACGUCUCUCUCAGUGAGUCAGUAUUCGACACUUUUUCAACCUCCCGGAGUCCAGAUUUUGCGCUAAAUUAAAUGUUGUGAUGUUAUAUGCUAUACCAUCCAGAUGCAGUAGCAAAAACUCGUCACAAUUGAAAGCACACGUCUCUCUCCUUGAAGACAAAGUCCUUUCCUGCAGUCAAUAAUUGAUGAAAGAAAAACCAUUUCAAAGAUUUGUCACAUGCAUCACGCUGGAUCCUACAACACCGCAGUAUGCUGCAUAUCGUCUGCAUUGUCGAUGAUGAGGUCAAGAUUCUUCACGGUUGGAGGGACCAAGGACCGAUGCGGGACCCACAGACGUGGAAAACGAAGGUAGAGUUAAAAGGUGGGGAAGGGACCACGUUGCGUGGUAUGAAACCCCACAAUAUCUAUGAAUCGGACGAGGGUGGGUCGGGUUAGAUUCUUUGGAACUUUAGGUAGCGUAUGAUUGCAAGCAUUUCUGCAGAGGCCAACCUUUCAUAGUUUUCGCGGAGUGAGUCACUGCAGGGUGAGGAGAUCUGAAAGUGUCUGAAGAUUAUGAGGCAAGAAUAUGCUGUUUAUGGAAUAAAACCAGGAACUAAUAGAUAGAAGAGUGCCUCAUCUCUAGAGCCUGCCACAAUGGCAGGUGGUCUGCCAAGAUCAUCGGCAUGUCAACUCAGGCCAGGUCAAUCUAUUUGUGCUUUCAGUCCUUGCACAUUCUUUGGUUACAGCUCUUAUCUAGAUUCUCAGCCAGUUCUCGUAUCAGGUCUCUCUUGGAUUUGGUUGUGUUCUGCCAAGUUUUAUGGGACCUACUCUUUUCAUAGGAUCAGAUUCCCACACUAAUCCAUGUUCUGCUCGUAUGACGAAUCCUAGCAACCUCUGCAUCUCUACUCGUAGGUAGUUCGGUUGUUGAUCAAGCAAAUCCCUGCUCGAUCCUCCUGUCCCUUGCUAAACUGCUAAUUUUGUGUGGAUGGAAUGCAGGGACAUAGAAACAGCGCUUUGAAUAUAAUUAGCCUCUCGUUGAAGGUGACAGUUUAUUACCAUUUCUUUUUCAUGGAUUUACAAGAGGGCUGGAUUAAAUCCUAUAGGAUUGGGUGUUUUAUGGGAAGGGGUAAUCAAUGUUGUUUAAUUGUUUACCAGUCACUGCUACGGGAGAAAAAAAAUGAUCAUGCUAGAGAAGCCAUGCAUUUAGCGUCUCAAGAUUUUCGAGGUACUUUUAACAUUGAAAAGAAAAAAAAAAA